AUGAAAUAUAUAGAAAGAAUAACAACGAAGAUAUGAAAAAAGAAAAUAUAUACAGAAUCUUAACAGAUUCUAUUAUAGUUGUUGUUAUCGUCGAAAUAUUUAAAUGAAUAGAUUGUUGUGAUUCUUAUUUCGAUACUGAAGUUUGGUUGUUUGUUUUUGUAUCUACUACGCCAACGACAAAAACCAUAUAACCAUUAAACAGAAAAAAACCGCAAACAAAUCGUUUUCAUUUUGCGGUUUUUUCAAAAAUAACAUCGCCAUCACCAACAUCGGAAAACAUCAACGUCGAAUAGACAAAAACAACAACAACAACAACAACAACUUUGGCAAAUUUGUCGGUUCAUCAAAAAUUAUUAUUAUUUUUAUUAUCAUUUCAAUUCAAACGACAAACAAUCAUCCAUCCUUUAUAAUCAUCAAGAAUUCUUGAUUGAUUUAACUUAACAAAAUUAGACAAAUAGUCAAUCAACAACAAUAGCAUCAGCAGCAGCAGUGUGAAGUUCCUUUUUCAAUUUUUAAAACUUUGGAAAUUUUUUUUUUUUUUGAAAAACUUCCAUUCACAAUAUUUCAGCCAACGAGAUGGCCAUCGAUAUUAACAAGAUAAAAGUAUUUGGAAAAUUUUUAGAUCCAAAUUCGGGUAAAAAGCCAACAACCGGAAAAAAAUGUCUAAUAUUAAUACGUAGUGAUGAUGAAUCAGUCGAUAAAUCCGUAUUGAAACGUUCAUUAACAUGUACAGUGGAUGGACCAAAUAAUAAACCCGAAGUACUAUGGUCAACAGCUAUUGCUGAACCCGAUAUUGAUGAACGAACAAUUGUCGGUUAUUUUGUGCCAACAAAACCUGGUAAACAUAAAUUAACUGUUAAAUGUCAAGGUAAAAAAUUAUCCGGAUCACCAUAUGAAUAUGAUGUAGCCGGUGAAUGUUUGGAUAUAAGUAAACUAUUGGAAAAGGUUAUCGUCAUGGGUCGUGGAUAUGAAUUAGGCAAAGCAUUUACCUAUAAUCAAUUCGUUGUCGAUUGUAGUAUGGUACAACCACCAUUAGGAAAUCUUAAAGUACAUGUGAAAGGACCGGAAAGAGCUGCAGCCAACCUAUCUAUAAUUGAUAAUGAAAAUGGUACAUUUACCAUCCGUUAUAAACCAACAUCACCCGGUACAUAUAUUAUACAGGUUAAAAUAGCCGAAACGGAUAUACCUGGUUCACCGUUUCAGGUUCGAGUUACGGAAUUUCUUUCUUCAUAAAUGCAACAAAAAAAAAGAACAAAUCUUUCUUUUUAUUUAUAUAUUUAUAUUUAUUAUUGUAUA